GGGCCGGCCCGGCUCUCCCUGCCGAGAAAUGGGCCGGCCCGGCUGCGCGCGGGCAGCGGCGACGGCGGCGGUGGCGGCGGCGGCUCAAGAUGGCGGAGCUGCAGCUGGACCCGGCGAUGGCGGGGCUGGGAGGGGGCGGCGGGAGCGGGGUGGGCGACGGAGGCGGCCCAGUCCGCGGGCCUCCCAGCCCACGCCCGGCUGGCCCCACGCCUCGCGGGCACGGCCGCCCGGCCGCCGCCGUCGCGCAGCCACUGGAGCCCGGUCCCGGACCCCCCGAGCGGGCAGGGGGCGGCGGCGCGGCCCGCUGGGUCAGGCUGAACGUGGGAGGCACCUACUUCGUGACCACCAGACAGACCUUAGGCCGGGAGCCCAAGUCUUUCCUCUGCCGCCUCUGCUGCCAGGAGGACCCGGAGCUGGACUCAGACAAGGAUGAGACGGGGGCAUAUCUGAUUGACAGGGACCCCACCUACUUUGGUCCUAUCCUAAACUACCUCCGCCAUGGGAAACUCAUCAUUACUAAGGAGUUGGCAGAAGAAGGUGUGCUGGAGGAAGCGGAGUUUUACAACAUCGCGUCCCUUGUGCGGCUGGUUAAGGAAAGGAUACGGGACAAUGAGAACAGAACUUCACAAGGCCCUGUGAAACAUGUGUACAGAGUCCUGCAGUGUCAAGAAGAAGAGCUCACACAGAUGGUCUCCACGAUGUCCGACGGGUGGAAAUUCGAACAGCUCAUCAGCAUCGGAUCUUCCUAUAACUAUGGCAAUGAGGAUCAGGCAGAAUUCCUCUGUGUUGUCUCCAGAGAACUAAAUAACUCUACCAAUGGCAUCGUCAUAGAGCCUAGCGAAAAGGCGAAGAUUCUGCAGGAGAGAGGAUCACGGAUGUAAACUAAGACCCCGAAACUCCAGACCUUCAGGAGAGCAGUCAGCAGAGCCCCUCUGUGAAGUGAAACCUCGCUCCUGUCCAGUGACCGAGCCACUGCAAAGCACAGCUGAGCCUGGCCCCCUGUGAAGAAGUGUUCUGGUCAAAACUAAAGGAACUCCCUCCCACCCGCAGGACUCCGAAGACAGAUGCGACUUCUGGCUGCAGAAUACCUUUUCAGAAACCUGUUUUCAUUUUCUUAGCCAGUAUUAUAACAGAUCUUUACAACAGCAGCUGGGCUGGGUUCCCAGUCAGAGCCUUUUGGGAAUCUGGAGGGAUGAGGGAAACGGCCUGUACUUAUAGGAAGGUGGAGCAAAGGAAAGAGGAUUGUUCCUGCCCCGUGCCAUGGUUUCACCCUAUGUGUGCCACAUUGGACGUUAGCAGCUGCUUUGGAACACCGCCCCUCCUGUGCACCCUCAAAGACCUGCAGCAGAUGCAAAGGGUUCUAGCUGCAAUUUGUCGAAUUGAGGUUUUAGGUAAAGCAUAGAGAUGCCAUAGCACACCACAUUCCCAUGAAUGGAGCCUCCAAGGAAAGGGAGGAUGGGGUGUCUUUUAUUGUGUUGAUCGUUUCUCUGGAUUUGGGGCUCUCAGCUGCCACCACGUGCAGCUUUGCCUCAGUUUUCUCCAGCAGCCGGGACCCUCCGGAGAGCUUGCUUUCCCUCCAGUAGGAGGUUUGAGACAGGCAGCAUCCUGCCCUGAGUCAGCCAGCCAAGUGGGAGCUGUAGGGAGCUGGCGGAACUGCGCCUGCAGCCUCCUCCUGCCCCCAUUGACCCUGUUACCUUCCCUGGCUUUUUCAACUGGACCAAAGAUGAAGGGACUUAACGGACCUUUUGAUGGCUUGGGGUGGGGAAGGCUGUUUCUUUGAAAGUUGCCAAAUGUGUUACGUUGUUGUAUCUCAAAGAGUUUUUAUUUCUGUGGCUGUCUCGGAAAUGCCUUGACUGAAUGUGCAAUAUUUGUGUCUCUUCUUGGUUUCUGACCUUGACAAACCUGCUCCCCUCUGUGCUGUCCCCAGUGGUGCGUAUAUGUGUGCUAGACAGCCUGAGGACCCCCUGUGUCUCUGACCUUCCCUCACCAUUACCCCCUUUUCUGGAGUGCCAUGCUGGCGAGGAUCCAGGGCGGCAGCGCUGUCCUCCGGGCUGUGUCUGCAGAGCUUGUGUCCACACUUUUCUCUCCGAGCGUUCGGGUCUCGCUGAGCAGUCAUGGAAUGCAGUGAAGCCAGGGGACCCUGUCUGACCCCGAUAACUUUCAGUAGCAUAGCAGAUGGCAUGGAGAAGGGGAAGGGGCUCUGGGGACUGCUCUUGUGAAAGCCGCCUCGAGCCAGGCUCUCCUGUCCACCUUCAGAGGCUAUGUCCUCUGCUCCACAGCACAACUGCUUGCCAGGUGCGUCUGGGUAGUAAUUUCUGGAAAUGACUGUAGACUAUGCCAGAUGUCUUUAGCUUCUGAUCUAACGAUGCCCAGAUGGCUUAACUUUUCCCUAGGACCCUCGCUCUCCGUGUUUCUCUGUAUCUGUAGCAUAGCACAGAACCCGGUAUACAGGGGUUUCUGCUGACGCAUCAGUGUCUACACACCUGUGCGCCACAUUUUACAGCUGUAAAAUGUUAGAUGAACUGCCACCCUCUGUAAAAGCAGCCACCCCUUCAAAAGAGUCACAGGCAUCCAUCCAGUCAUAUUUUCCAGG